GGAAGAACAAAAAAUAUUGAAAUCACUCCUCUACUCGUUAGUAGCACAAAAAAAGAGAAGAAGAAAAACAACGGUACUCUCUCUCUCUCUAACUCCUUCUUCCCCUCUGCUUCUGGCGUGCGCUCCUUCUUCCAAGUCCCUCCCACUAUUUUCAUAGAAGAGCAGAAGCCAUGGCUCCGAUGAGGAAGAAGAACUGUUCUGGGAGAUCUCAGCUCAGGCAUCGCCGGGUGCGUUUUCCCAUGUCUUCCUCUUUCUGUUUCAGGAAAGGGCUCUUUCUCCCACGCCUCCUUCCUCUCCCUGUUUCAGAUUUCCAUAGAAGAGCAGAAACCAUGGCUCCGAUAAGGAAGAAGAACUGUUCUGGGAAAUCUCAGCUGAGGCGACAUCGGGUGCGUUUUCCCAUUUCUUCCUCUUUCUGUUUCAGGCAAGGGCUCUUUCGCCCACGCCUCCUUCCUCUCCCUGUUUCAGAAACCCAGCUGAGGCGACUUCAGAAAAUGAAAAAAUGGGUGUCAAAGCAAAGAGCUGAACUGAGUCGUGAAAAAGAGAGUGUGGAGAAGAACAAGGGAUUGGCAGAAGAGAGAGCAAACACUUUAGCUGAACAGAGAAGGUUGAUUGAGCUCGGCAAAAAGGAGGAUGUGUUAGCUGAACGGACAAGGUUGAUUGAGCUACACAACAAUGAAGAUGCAUUCGGCAAACGUUGCAUUGAUCUUACACUUAAACUUUCUGAUGCAGAAGAACAGGGUGACUUUACCAGAGCUGAACUUCUUAAGCGCUCUUUGAGUGAGUUGUUGGCUGAGAUGGACGUGGGACUACAAGCUUUCAUUUCAUGAAUGCAGUUGCCAGUCUUGACUCUUGAGUGAAAAUGGGGAAAUACAAUGAUCAAUGCCUCUCAGCAUUUCUUAUACAUCUUUAAUUGGACAUAUGAUAUUUGUUGACAUACUUUACUUCCUUGUUUCAAUUUUCUUCUUCAUGACUUCAGUGUGAUCAGAUUGCUGCUUAUUUUAGAUUAUCCCCGUCAAUUGAUAAAGUGAUGCUAGAUUG